GAAUUUUCAAUCCUCCUUGGGUCCCACCGCUGUGAUAUCAAAAUGGUAUUACGAGAGCAAGAGCAUGAGCCAUUCUUCAUUAAAAUUGAUGGAAAAUGGUGUCAAAUUGACGAUGCUGUCCUGAGAUCACAUCCAGGUGGUAGUGCAAUUACUACCUAUAAAAAUAUGGAUGCCACUACCGUAUUCCACACAUUCCAUACUGGUUCUAAAGAAGCGUAUCAAUGGCUGACAGAAUUGAAAAAAGAGUGCCCUACACAAGAACCAGAGAUCCCAGAUAUUAAGGAUGACCCAAUCAAAGGAAUUGAUGAUGUGAACAUGGGAACUUUCAAUAUUUCUGAGAAACGAUCUGCCCAAAUAAAUAAAAGUUUCACUGAUCUACGUAUGCGAGUUCGUGCAGAAGGACUUAUGGAUGGAUCUCCUUUGUUCUACAUUAGAAAAAUUCUUGAAACAAUCUUCACAAUUCUUUUUGCAUUCUACCUUCAAUACCACACAUAUUAUCUUCCAUCAGCUAUUCUAAUGGGAGUUGCGUGGCAACAAUUGGGAUGGUUAAUCCAUGAAUUCGCACAUCAUCAGUUGUUCAAAAACAGAUACUACAAUGAUUUGGCCAGCUAUUUCGUUGGAAACUUUUUACAAGGAUUCUCAUCUGGUGGUUGGAAAGAGCAGCACAAUGUGCAUCACGCAGCCACAAAUGUUGUUGGACGAGACGGAGAUCUUGAUUUAGUCCCAUUCUAUGCUACAGUGGCAGAACAUCUCAACAAUUAUUCUCAGGAUUCAUGGGUUAUGACUCUAUUCAGAUGGCAACAUGUUCAUUGGACAUUCAUGUUACCAUUCCUCCGUCUCUCGUGGCUUCUUCAGUCAAUCAUUUUUGUUAGUCAGAUGCCAACUCAUUAUUAUGACUAUUACAGAAAUACUGCGAUUUAUGAACAGGUUGGUCUCUCUUUGCACUGGGCUUGGUCAUUGGGUCAAUUGUAUUUCCUACCCGAUUGGUCAACUAGAAUAAUGUUCUUCCUUGUUUCUCAUCUUGUUGGAGGUUUCCUGCUCUCUCAUGUAGUUACUUUCAAUCAUUAUUCAGUGGAGAAGUUUGCAUUGAGCUCGAACAUCAUGUCAAAUUACGCUUGUCUUCAAAUCAUGACCACAAGAAAUAUGAGACCUGGAAGAUUCAUUGACUGGCUUUGGGGAGGUCUUAACUAUCAGAUUGAGCACCAUCUUUUCCCAACGAUGCCACGACACAACUUGAACACUGUUAUGCCACUUGUUAAGGAGUUUGCAGCAGCAAAUGGUUUACCAUACAUGGUCGACGAUUAUUUCACAGGAUUCUGGCUUGAAAUUGAGCAAUUCCGAAAUAUUGCAAAUGUUGCUGCUAAAUUGACUAAAAAGAUUGCCUAGAUUACGAUUAAUUAAUCAAUUUAUUUUCAUGUUCUAUUCGUGUGUUUUAAUAUUUUCCAAAUUUUUACCUAUUCCACUGGUGGAUGCGCUUACUGUUUCGUGUGAUAUGUUCCAUUUUUUGGUUAGUGACGAAAUAAAUUUAUUUUAUAUCCUC